AUGUCGCUCAGCCAAAUUUUUGCCGAGUUUGCUGAUAUAUUUACUGGCACGGGCAAACUUGAAGGAAAAUUGAAACUGGAAGUUGAUAAUACUGUUACUCCAGUUCAAAUGCCAGUGCGAAAAGUACCAUUAUCACUUCAAAGCAAGGUUAAGAAUGAACUGGACAGAUUGGUGAAUGAGGGUAUUAUAGCCCCUGUAGAUUGUCAUACGCCAUGGAUUUCAAAUUUGAUUGUAGUAUCAAAGAAAUCAGGAAGUAUUCGUUUAUGCCUUGACCCAAAGCCUUUGAAUAAGGCUCUUAAACGAAACAAUCAUCCAAUGCCUACUAUUGACGAUGUAUUGCCGAGGCAAAAGUAUUCACCAUUGCCGAUGUUAAAAAUGGUUUUUGGCAUAUUGAACUCGACGUUAAAAGUAGUUAUCUGA